ACCGGGCACGGGAACAGCAGCAGCGUGCCACCAUGUCAUCCAGCCAGGAUUCUGUUCUCUCCGAGUAUGAGUCGGACAGCAGCCAGACCUCAAAGCUGUUAAGGAAAUUUAAAGAGACACCAUUUGUACCCAUUGGGAUGGUUGGCUUCACCUUGGUGGUUGGCUACGGGCUGUACAGACUGAAGCACAGAGGCCAGAUGAAAAUGUCACUUCACCUGAUUCACACACGUGUGGCAGCCCAGGGCUUUGCUGUGGGAGCCUUAACGUGUGGUGUCCUGUAUUCAAUGUUCCGGGAGCAUGUCUUGAAGCCCAAGGAGUAACUGAAAGCUGACUGAAAUCCCUGUCCUGGUGGUGACCUGUGUGCUGCAGCUAGAAACUUCAUAUGGAGGGGUUCUUGAGGAAAAAAAUAAUACACAUUAGUGCAAAUUGCCCUGGUUUUGUGGAUGGUACACUGUCUUGAAGCUGGCAGCCUAAAUGACUGUGCACUCUGAGAGUGGGUAUCAGAGUCUGUGUCUUUUUGAAUUGGAACAAUCAUAUCCCAGUUUUUAGGGGAUAUAGUAGAAUUCAAUCCCUUUAUCUUCCCUUCAGCUCUCAGCUCAGUCCUGAAAUUGAUGACUUCUUUUGCUGCCGUUGCCCAAAACGCUGCACAAAGUCUGAACUAGCUUCUGCUAGGCCUUGGGGAGAACAUAGAGGGCAUGCCUGUAAUACAGUAUUGUGAAGGCUUUACUGUCAUUUUCUAUCCUGUAUAUUUGUCAGCCUCCAGCUUUGUGAUUUAGAAGCUUCCAGUAGCACUAAAUGACUUCUAAAAUGUUCAGAGAUAUAAAGAUCUAUUUUUUUUUAUUUAAGGCAUUUAAGGUGAGUUGCAGCUAUUUAAAUGUUAUAUUUAUUCAUUGUUAAUGAAGCCACAGCCUCCCUAUUUUUACUACAGAUUUUCACAGACUCUUGGAUGACUCUGUUUUGUAACUUUAUUUAGUGUUCUUCUGAAUAACAUUUAAAUGCAACAUUUAAAAUACAUAUUGUGAAAACUAUAUCUCUAUUUGGUGUUCCAAUGCUUUUAGUUGAAGUAUACAGUCUAGCUCUGAUUUGUGCAGUGUCAUUCCCCAUGGAAAUUUAAACCCAUUUAAAUCUGAAAAGCCCCUGUUCACUUGAUGAGGUGUUAAGGCCCUUCUCUGUAAAUUGCCACUGUUAAUUUACACUCAAACCCCUUGUAUCUCCAACAGCAGUCACAAAAUAAAUGUGUUGAUAAAGCCAAUUUGUAAACCCCUCAUUUUCUGUCCUAUUAGCUUACAUUCCAUGGUGACAGUAUGGCUCUUUGUAACCAUUACCACAAGGUACAUACUGCACCUCUCUGGCACUGUACAGAGCAGUGGGAGAUGAAAUAAGAAUAAAUG